AUGUCGUCCCAAGGCCAGAGACUGCAAGGAAAGGUUGCCAUUGUCACCGGAGGAGGCUCUGGCUUUGGCGCUGCCAUCGCCCGUCGAUUCGGUGAAGAAGGCGCCAAGGUGCUUGUCGCAGACAUCAAUGUGCAAGGUGGCGAGCAGGUCGCUGUGCAGAACCCUGAUAACCUGAAAUUCCAGCGCAUGGAUGUUACCCAAAAAUCAGAUUGGACAGCCAUUGUCGAUUUGGCUUUCUCCGAGUAUGGAAGAUUAGAUAUUCUGGUUAACAAUGCUGGCACUACCUAUCGGAACAAGCCUACCGCCGAGGUGACUGAAGAGGAGUGGGAGCGUGUCUUCAACGUCAACGUUAAAAGCAUCUUUUUGGCUGCCCAAGUCGUGAUGCCCAGGUUCAUCCAGCAGGGCCAAGGCGGCUCCAUGAUCAACAUCUCGUCUACUGGUGCAAGUCGUCCCCGACCGGGUCUUGUAUGGUAUAAUGCAUCCAAGGGCGCGGUCACCAAUGCGACCAAGGGCCUCGCCGCCGAAUAUGGUCCUCACAACAUCCGUGUCAACAGCGUUGCCCCUCUGCUGUCAGGAACUGGUCUCUUUUCCCUGUUCACCGGCAUGGAAGAUACCCCCGAGAAUCGUGAGAAGUUCAUUGGAAACGUGCCGCUGGGUCGUCUGACCGAGGUGGACGACAUUGCCAACAUGUGCGUCUACCUCGGCAGCGAAGAGGGUCGGUUCAUUAAUGGCACGGAGAUGGUUAUUGAUGGUGGAAAAUGCAUCUAA